UCAGUUGCGGGUCCAGCCGCUAAGGCAAUCGACAUCCGCAUCUCGGUUGGUGAGGAUCGUUUUCUCGAUCCUCCGCGUUUUAAACCUUUUCCACCUCCUACUCCAACACACUCUACUUCUUCUUCCUUCUUGUAUUAGUUGAAGUUUCUUACGCGAUGUUGUUCAACGACGAUCUCACCCACAGACUGUCUUUACCUUUGGACAGUCCAACAUACACAACUGAUUCAAAUAAUAACAGCGAUUCCGAUAAAUCUUCGAGAGGUGAUAAAUAUUCGUUAAGACCAAGAUCAUCGAAACGAAGAAAUACGAUUUCGACCAAUUUUGACGAAGACACAUUAAAAUCUGUUCAAAUUGUUGGUAAAAAUAAUAACGUGAAGGUGAAACAAACAAAACCGAAGCAAAAACCGGCACCUUUGAGUAAGUACAGGCGUAAAACGGCAAAUGCAAGAGAAAGAAGUCGAAUGAGAGAAAUUAAUCAAGCUUUUGAAACGUUGAGAAGGGCAGUUCCGCAUAUUUGUUCAUCUCAAAACGGGGCGAAUGAAAAAUUAACGAAGAUAACAACUUUAAGAUUGGCGAUGAAAUAUAUUUCUUCGUUGAGUGCAGUGUUAAGUGGUGCGGAGACGACCCAAGACUUGUUUUCGGAUUGUUCCGAGUUGGAUUGUUUCUUAUUGGAAUCAGAUGGUGAAUCUUUACCUUUACACUCGGAUUUUUCUGAUCAUUCGUUGACCCCGGCCGAUUUUUCGGUCGAUUUCCCGGACGAUUCUUUAACAACAGCCGAUUUCGACCCGGUUUCGCCCGAUUUCGGCGAUCACAUAAAUUUCGAUCCGUUUUUAGGCGAUUUCAGUUAGUUUAAGACACUCGUUUUUUUUUUAAGAUAAUCAAAGUGCCAAUUUAUCCGUCCUACAAUUUGUAUAAAUAAAUUUUAAGUUUUUUGGAAAAGAAAUCUAUUUAUUUUUUAAUUUGGGGUAAGAUAUU